UUCGUGGAAGAUAGACGUGAAAGAGGAAGAGGAAGGCGUAUCCCUAUCCCUAUUUAACUCAACACCCACCUCAGACCUCACCAUUCACCAACAAUAACUCUCUUUCACGACUUUCGCCAAACACUUUCCAUCCUCCUUCUUCCUUCGCUUCCAUUACCUUUCAGUUUCAGGUGCUUCUUUUGUUUUCUUUACCACCUGCAUGACCACUUCACAUGGAUCCAAACUCUCUUGCUACCGACUACGCCUUUGACCAUCAAGGGAACUGGGACUUUUCUUAUCAAUCCGAUGUGGGGCCAAUUGGGUUUUCUGCCAACUCAAUGUUAAACCCGGACCCCUCCUCCGCCGCCACGGUGGCGGAUCCUCCCCUCGAGGAAGAUACUGAUUUUACGGAAACCUUCAAGUUCAUAAGUCAAAUUCUCAUGGAAGAGAAUUUUGACCAGAAACCCUGCAUGUGUUACGACCCUCUGACUCUGCAACACACUGAGAAAUCCUUCUACGAUGUCUUGGAGUUGGAUCCAGCGCUUCCUCUUUCCCCUAAUCAGCACCCUCUGGAGAGCCCCGAUGGGAAUUCUUCAAAUUCCACCACUGAUUCCGCCAUUUCUCAAGAUUUGAAGCCUCAUUCACCUGACACACCUGUUUCUGUUUCUGCUGCUGCUGAUGCUUUCAUUUCCUCUUCUCUUGUUCCACCGCAUGAUUUGACUGGAGUUAACGAUGGAGUCUUGGAUUUAGAUUCUUCUGCGGCAAGCAAGCUGAUGGCGGAAAAUAUUUUCAGUGAUGCAGACUCCAUGUUGCAGUUUAGAAGAGGGCUGGAGGAGGCUAGCAAGUUUCUUCCUCAAAGGCCUCAACUUUUCACUGGGUUGGAGAGCAAUAGCACCACCACCACCACCACCACCAUGGUCUCUGCAGAGCCAGAGGGAGGAGGGGUGGUUGUGAAGAUGGAGAAUAAUAAUUCACAUGGGGUGAAGAGUAGGAAGAAUCACGCGCGCCAAGAUGAAGAAGAAGGGGGAAGAAGCAACAAGCAGUCCGCAGGUUGUGCUGAGGAAGAGAGUGAAAUAUCAGAAAUGUUUGAUCGGGUGUUGCUGAGUGUUGAAAAUGUGCCACUCUGUGCUGAACACAAGAGUGGACCCGUGGCAGUGGGUGAUGGUAGCACAAAGAGUGAGCAAACCCAUGUGUUUGAUGGAGGGAAGGUUCGUUCCAAGAAGCAAGGGAAGAAGAAGGAAACGGUGGAUUUGAGGACCCUAUUGGUUCUGUGUGCACAGGCUGUGUCUGCCAGUGACAACAGGACUGCUAAUGAAUUGCUGAAGCAGAUUAGGCAGCAUUCUACACCCUUGGGUGAUGCCUCCCAGAGGUUGGCUCAUUAUGUGGCCAAUGGUCUCGAGGCACGCUUGGUUGGUGCUGGAACUGGAACACAGAUAUUUUACAUGAGCCACAAGAAGUUCACUGCUGCUGAUUACCUGAAAGCUUACCAAGUUUUCAUAUCUGCCUGCCCCUUCAAGAAAUUUUCACAUUUCUUUGCAAAUAAAAUGAUAUUGAAAACAGCUGAAAAGGCAGAAACGCUUCAUAUAAUUGAUUUUGGUAUCCUGUAUGGCUUCCAGUGGCCAAUUCUUAUCAGGUUUCUAUCAAGUAGAAGUGGAGGGCCUGCCAAGCUGCGGAUCACAGGAAUAGAGUAUCCCCAAGCUGGCUUUCGUCCGGCUGAAAGAAUUGAGGAGACCGGCCGUCGUCUAGCUAAGUAUUGUGAGCGUUUCAAUGUUCCUUUUGAGUACAACGCCAUAGCAUCACGAAACUGGGAAACCAUUCAAAUUGAAGACCUUAAAAUACAGAGCAAUGAGGUGGUUGCUGUGAACUGUCUGAUAAGGUUUAAGAAUUUGCUUGAUGAGUCAAUUGAGGUGAAGAGUCCCAGAAAUGCUGUUCUGAAUUUAAUCAGGAAGAUGAAUCCGGAUAUUUUUGUUCACGCCAUAGUAAAUGGAUCUUAUAAUGCCCCUUUCUUUGUCACGCGCUUCAGGGAGGCACUGUUCCAUUUCUCUUCGAUUUAUGAUAUGUUUGACACUCUCAUAUCCCGUGAAAAUGAGUGGAGGUUGAUGAUUGAGAGAGAAUUCUCGGGUCGGGAGAUCAUGAAUGUUGUAGCAUGUGAAGCUCUUGAGAGGGUUGAACGGCCCGAGUCAUACAAACAGUGGCAGGCUAGGAAUACUAGAGCUGGUUUUAAGCAGCUGCCGCUGGAUAAGGAGAUAAUGGCCAAAUUUAGGGGCAAGUUAAAGGAAUGGUACCACAAGGAUUUUGUCUUUGAUGAAGAUUGCAACUGGAUGCUUCAAGGUUGGAAGGGUCGCAUUUUGUAUGCUUCAUCUUGUUGGGUGCCAGCAUGAUGAUAUGUCACUUAGCUCUUGUUUCAGAACUAUUACUGGAUUGAAGGUCACCUUAGGCUGUUGUGAACUGUGAUGAAUAUUCUUCCCAGGUUUGCACCGGGUCACCCUGUAUAACAGUGGUAGAAUUUCCUUCCAGAUUAGCAUCAAAUCCUACGAUGAUAAGGACCCCAACAUUAGUAGUCAAACUAUUCUUUACGAUGCUUUUCCUUUUCUUUUUCCUCUGUCUGACCGACAUGUAUUAUAGGAACUUCAGAUAUGUAAAAGAAAGUUGGUAAAAGAUUUUUGCAGGAUAUCUUGUAUCGCGUGAUAAAACUAGCUACUGAUUUGAUUGAUUUGGAAUAGAUGGGUUGACUAUUUCAUCAA